CCUUCCUACUCCUCCCUGACACCCAUGACUUUUUUGCCCGGUGAGAAAUUAGGGGUUAGGUGUCUUGCUCAGUUUUGACUUGAGACAUGGCAGCCUGGACUCGAACUAACACUAACCUUGCGGUUCCCAGCGCACCCGCUCUACCCCCUUCGCCACGACGACCCCAGUAUAUGGAUAUACACCUAAAAGUGUUUAUCUUAAGAUAGCCUAAAAUGGAAAAGCUCAAGAAAAAAAAAUAAAUGUCUCUCUAAAUGUGGACAAAUACAAUCCGGGAUGAAUUGCUAUUCGAACCACCAUACAAUGUUUUAAAUUGCAACUGCGUGCAACAUUCUGACAAAAUAGGAGGAACUGUGGUUGAAAAAGGCCAAUGGGACGCGAGGGGCGGAGAGAUGCAAGUGGACUAGUAAAAAAAGCACCAAAAGGAAAAUCUAAACUGGUCAAAGUUUUCCCAGUUGUGGCAGAGAACGCAGAAGGGAAAAGUUCAAGAAAAGACAUUUGGGAAAUUACGUAAUUUCGGUGGUGAAACGGAGUUCCGAUCGGAGCCGUGCGCAUUUACGCACUCGGAGAGUUCCUUGGGAGUCCAAGCAACGUUUUACCCGCCAACAAUGACAGACGAGAGCAUGUCCUUCACAGACCAUGCGUGCAGUCCAACAGGCAGCGACAGCUCCGUGUCCCAGCAUGGAGCCGAUUCGGCGUCCCCGACCGCUCCAGCGGGGUCCGACGCGUGGGAUGCAGCGCGCCAGCUCGGGAUCGCGCCCAAAAAGGAGGGCAGCGUGGAGGCUGAGCGCUUCCCCGCCUGUAUCCGCGACGCGGUGUCGCAAGUGCUGAAGGGCUACGACUGGUCUCUGGUGCCGGUGCACUCUCAAGGGGAGAGAGGACUAAAGAGCAAACCUCGUGUGAAACGGCCGAUGAACGCGUUCAUGGUGUGGGCGCAGGCGGCGAGGAGGAAGCUGGCGGACCAGUAUCCUCACCUGCACAACGCGGAGCUCAGCAAGACGCUGGGCAAACUGUGGCGACUCCUCUCUGAAACCGAGAAGCGCCCCUUCGUUGGGGAGGCAGAGAGGUUGAGGAUGCAGCACAAGAAAGACUAUCCGGACUACAAGUACCAGCCGCGGAGACGCAAGUCCACCAAGCCCACGGACGCUAGAUCCGACCUCCAGGGGGACUGUAGACCCGGACUGGCCCAGCAGCAGCUGCAGCAGGGCUUGUAUAAGACAGAACUAGGGGGAGGCAGGCCGGCCAAUACGGGGGAAGUGCACCAUCAUUACCACCCAGACAGGACAGGUCAGUCUCACGGACCUCCAACGCCACCCACAACCCCUAAAACGGACCCUCACAUGGGGAACAAACACGGGGACAGCAGCGCCGGCUCCGCCCCCCCCAUUGGGCGGCAAAACAUUGACUUCAGCAACUUGGACAUCUCCGAGCUCAGCACCGACGUCAUCGCCGCCAUUGGCGGAUUCGACGUCCACGAGUUCGACCAGUACCUGCCCCCCAACAGCCACGGCCCCGCUCUUUUGACCCCGCCAGACGGCGGCCAGGCCCACGGCAACCCCGCCGGGCCCUCCACGCUGCUGCCCGGCAUCCACUCUCACUGCCACAGCGCCCCUGCUUGGACGGCCAAGGGCGGAACGCCGCCAUCCAGUCGCGACGGCCGUGGGCUCCACGAGGACGCUGGUCAAAAACGUCAGAUUAAAACUGAGCAGAUGAGCCCGGGUCACUGCAGCAGCUCAUCCUCCUCCACCCCGCCGCCGCCCAAGUACUUGUCCCUCGGCUCCUCCUCCACUUCUCCCUGCUCAUCCUCCGCCAGCCAAGCUGACUACACCGACCUCCAAAGCUCCGGUAGGUACCACGCCCUCUCCGGGUACCCUGCCCAGCUGUAUCAGUACCCGUACUUUCACUCCUCUCGCAGGCCCUAUUCCACACCCCCUAUCAACAGCCUGGCCUUGGGGCCACCUCCACACAGUCCUCCCCCCGGCUGGGAGCAGCCCAUCUACACAGCACUGAGCCGGCCUUGAAGAAGA